AAAUCCGGAAAUUAUAUUGUCAUGACAUGAUGAGUAGAUUAUGAUCAUGGAUCAUCAAUCCAUGACAAUAUCCAUGACAAUACAGAUACCGCAAGUGUGCGCGUGUUUUUUGGCCUCUGAGUGUGGGCAUUUGAUUUGUUUGGGCUCUGAUUUGUCUUCUUAAAAAAGGGCUCUUAAACCCACCCUCCACAAGAUCCCUGCUGUAUAGGCUGUAGUGUAUGGUAUACACAGGUGUGACAGGUGACUGUGCCCCAUAUCAGAUUUGGUUAGCCUCAUUUAUCAUAGGCCUAAUGAUGACAAUGGCCAAUGGGAUAUUGUCUACAUUCCAUUUUGUGUCACUGUGCCAUCAUUGGAACUAAUUGACAUUGUCAGCUGAUUUGUAUUGAAUUGACAUGAGCUUUUAACCACAGUCCAAAUGAUAACGGAUGUGUUUUUACCAAUGACUGACCCAAUUAUCAUACAAUGGCAUGAGUAAUCCAAAUUAUAAUAACUGGCCUGAGCAACAUCAUCCGCUGCCAUGCCGUAUGGAUUACCACCAUGGAUGACUUCUGACAAUGGGUUGGAUGUCAGCCUCGGCAACAAUAGUGACCCCUCAACAAAUGUCACAGCCACAAACUGUACCGCUGGCGUACAAUGGAUAUUUACAGUUCUUGGUCAAUGUGUCCUCACCGAUCGGGAAUACGCCUCCGUCAUGUGCGGUCUAGGCUCAACAUUAAUCUCUACCGUCAAUGGUAUUCCUCAGAUCUACACCAACUGUGCGCAGGGUAUCCCAGACAAAGCCUUGUCAAUCUACCUCCUCCUUCAGUGGUUUUCUGGUGAUGCACUAAAUCUAAUUGGCUGUUUCCUCUCUAAACAAACAUUAGUACAGAUUAUUUAUGCGGUCUUCAUGGUGUCUUUGGAUGUAUGUAUGUUGUCUCAGUACACAUUUUUCAAGAUCAAACAUUCGUAUGAAGAAAAGAAUCCCCAGUAUCAUCCUUUGCCACAUGACCGUGCCUACUCAGACUCUGUUGGUAACUCAUUGCCGCAUGACCACUCGUAUGAUUCUGGUAAUAAUUCACGUGACUCAGAGAGAAUAGCCCAAAAAUUAUUGGAAGAUUCUUUAGUGAACAGUUCAACAGAAGAAAGGCAACCCCGCCGUACUGGGAUGUACUGCAUAAUGGCAAUUUGGGGGUUAAUGUUCCUUGGAUAUGGCGUGCUCCCGGGAGAACAGAUGAUGACUGUGAGGUCACAUCCUGCUGGCAGGAGUUUACUCAAUGUGGGAUCGCCGGCCAAUGGACCAUUCUUUACCGGAGUGAUAGAUGAAGUUGGUUUUGGCAUUGGGUGUGCGUCGACAUUAUUUUAUAUCUCCUCAAGAGCGCCCCAAAUAUAUCAAAAUUGGAAACGGCAGACGACGGAAGGUGUUUCCAUUUGGUUGUUCCUGCUGUUGAUUAUCUCCAACUGCCUCUACGGGACUUCCAUUCUCUGCCACUCCACAGAACUCUACGCGGUGCUUCAUUCCCUGCCUUGGCUCAUUGGUGCUUUUGGAAUGGUCUCAUUUGAUCUCGUCAUAAUGUGGCAGUUCUGGUACUAUCGGAAGUCGGCGAUUCGAGAACUUACGAUCAAUGUCGAUGACGAGACAUCGCCAUUGUUGAAUGGCAGCAUCAGCGUUUCUGGAAGUCAUCACUCGCAAAAGGACGUUUGAUGAAUGUACAUUCUGCUGUUGAUGGGCCGCUAGUCGAAUCCCGGCUUGUCAAUGACAUCAUGUCAGUGAUAAGUCUCAUCAAAGUAAAGUGAUCUGUAAUAUUGUCAGGGAAUCAUGAGAUGAUGAGUGUUUCUGCCGAACAGGUUAUACAGUCCCCCCCCCCUGGUUGAAAAAAGGGGCACAUGACCUCUGUCUGCCUGCUUUACUGCCUUACAUUAGUUUUUAGUUUUUAUGAUUUGUGAUGUAAGGGUAUGGCAGUUUUGAGGCAUUUUAAAUAUGAAACAACGCUUCUUAACUACUGAUUGCAUUGUUUAUUGGUGAUGUGGACAUCGAUAUAUUGUAAUAAUGAAUGAAAUGAUUUUUAAAUAAAGCUGCUUUGAGAAUCAAUAUUCCAGUGUUGCGAGAAUCAGACUGGUCUUCCAACUCACCGAGUUGUCUUGUCCUGGGAUAGCAGUGUUAAAAACUGGCGUUCCUGGAGUGUUCAACAGUCAGUUUACCGCUGAGCAUACCUUUUGGGUGCCUUGUGAUGCACACUUUUCUUGGGACUUUCCCGACCAGGCCACUUGAUAAGUUGGAAGGCCUGGCCUGAAUACACAUGAUUCUUGGCCUGUUGGGCAGCUGAUUCUCCAGUGUGACAACCAGUAUAUUUUAAUAAAAACAAUGUA